AUGGGUAAAGAUAAAGUAUUUUCAAUUGCCAGAAAGGGUGAUGUAACCAAGAUGAAAAAAUACAUACCCGGAUCAAAAUAUAAAAUUGAAGAUUUAGAUAAAGAAAAUAGAUCAUUAUUACACCAUGCAAUUGAUGGUGAUCAAUUAACAAUGGUAAAUUAUUUAUUGGAAAAUGGCGCAAAUAUUAAUCAAAAAGAUCCAAAAACUGGUGACACUCCAAUUUUAACAUCAUUAAAAAAAAUUAAUUCAUGCGAUAAACAAGAGGAUAUUGCAAUAUUAUUAGUUAAUAAAGGCGCAGAUUUAGAUGUAGAGUCAAGAGAAAGAAAAAGUGUAGAAAGAUAUGUCGAUGGUUGCCCAAAGCGUUUCCAAAUUAAAUACAGAGAUGCAGUUCAACAAAAAUUUAGAUCAAAAUAUCCACCAAAAGCGAUUCCAGUUGCAGAUAGCAAAACACAGGCAUUAUUAGCACAAACUGCUGGUUUACAAAUUAGUACAUCACAAUCAUCACUUCAACAAUCACCAAUAUCAUCAACUCCACCUCCAAUUACACUACAACAAACACCACCUGUAAAUAAUAAUAUUAAUAACAAUGUACCAAUAUCAAUUAUACCCACCGUUGAACCAGCACCAUAUGUAAACUCAGAAGGUAUUACAGUAGUCAAGCCACAAGAAAUUGAAAUUUUACCUAAAACAUUAUUGGAUGAGGAUUUUGAUAAAGAACAAGAUUUAAAUAUUAUUUGGUUAGAAGUUGCAUACAGAGCAUCAAUUGUAUCCAUUAGAUCAGAUAAAGUUAGAUAUGACGAUAUUACAAAAGCAACCAAUGAUUGCGGAAAUAUAUUGGUCCAUUUACUUUCUAUCAUCGGUAAUUCAGAGACAACAUCAUUCAUGGAGACUGUAAGAAAUCAAGAGGCAGUAAAUUCAAUUCAAGAACGUGUAAAAAAUGUUAAAGAAGGUAUUAAGCUUAGAUUAUUUAGCAGAAUUGAACAUGCCGAGUUAAUUCGUUUAGUUGCUGCAUUGGUAGGAUCAUUACAUUGGAUGUACUAUUGUUGGUCUGAGGUAUUCCAAGAGGAUAUCAAUCGUUCAAUUGCAGAAUGUGCAUUAUCAUGUCGUGUAGCUAUGAACUCGGUAACAUCACGUACCCCAUUUCAAAUGAACGUUUUUACAAAUGUUGCCAAGCUCUUAAAAAAUAUUUCAACCAAAGUAUUUAUUACACGUUCCCCAGAAAAUGCAAAAAAACUUUCAGAUUCAUGCCACACAAUCUCAUCAACAUUUAAAUCAUUAAUGGUACUAUCAAUUAUGAAUAACAAUGACCCAAAUUCCUUAAAGCAAAGAUCUGCUGAAAACAUUAUCUCUUUAGGUCGUAAUAUUGCAGAACAAUUACAAAUUUUAAAAAUAGAAUCCGCAGCAAUUCUUCCAUCAAGAGUAGGUUCCUCGCUACCUUCUCAACAAGAGAUCGAACUUUGUGAAACAGCAUCAAUGCAACUUCGUGGCUCUUUAGAUUAUUAUAUGGAAAAUACACCAAAGAUCAAGAUUCCAAAAGAAGACCAAACCAUUCCUUUAUUAGCAAACAUUCAAAAGUCAAUGUCAUUACUUUCAAACUUUACAACUGACCAAAAAAACAUUCAAAUGGCUAUUCCAGUUCAAAUGAUUGCCCAAGAUAUUCAUAACCUUAGAAAUAUUUUAUUGGAAUAUGUAAAAUCUGAAUCUGAUCAAUUAACCGAAGACUUUAAAGAUCAAAUUACCAAUGCAAUUAAUUGCUCUGCUCAUUUCGCCACACAAUUACUAUUCUCGGUCUCUGCCCUUAUUUGCCAUAACAGAAUAAGUGAUAUUGCUCAACUUGGAUUUUCAUGUCGUAAUAUUUCAACAUGUUGUAGAUGGAUGACCGAAUAUUCAUAA